AUGGCGUCCCUGCACAACGCCACCCUGGUCCUCACCGUCGACCACAAGGGCUGCGCCAACUUCACCAGCCUGCAGAAGGCCGUGGACGCCGUGCCCGACUACGCCGCGGCGCGCACGCUGAUCGCCGUCGACGCGGGCGUGUACGCGGAGAAGGUGGUGGUGUGGAGCAACAAGACGGGCGUCACGCUGCAGGGCCGCGGCAACCUCAACACCAGCAUCGUCUGGAACGACACCGCCAACUCCAGCGGCGGCACCUUCUACAGCGCCACCGUCGCCGUCCUCGCCGCCAACUUCGUGGCCUACAACGUGAGCGUCCAGAACACGGCUCCCCCCGCCGACCCGGGGGGCGCGGGCGGCCAGGCGGUGGCGCUGCGCGUCGCGGGCGACCAGGCGGCCUUCUACUGGUGCGGCUUCUACAGCUCGCAGGACGCGCUGCUGGACGAGCAGGGCCGCCACUUGUUCCGCGGCUGCUACGUCGAGGGCUCCAUCGACUUCAUCUUCGGCAACGCGCGCUCCCUCUACCUCGGCUGCACCAUCAGCUCCGUCGCCAACGCCGCCGCGGACGGCACCGUCACGGGGCAGGAGCGUCACGGCGCACGGCCGCGCGUCGCCCGCCGACAGGACGGGCUUCGCGUUCGUGGGCUGCACCGUCGUGGGCACGGGGCAGGUGUGGCUGGGCAGGGCGCGGGGCCCCUACGCCACCGUCGUCUUCGCCAGAACGUACCUCUCCGCCGUCGUCGCGCCCGGGGCGUGGAACGACUGGAACGACCCCGCCAGGCAGCAGUCGGUGUUCUUCGGUGA